GAGGGUCUUAGGGAGACAAAGAGAGGGGGAGCUUAAAGAAGAUCAUUGCACAGUGGAGAAAAAGCCAAAAUUGAAGACUUUGUGGUCAAUGGAAAAACAAAUGGCCCAAAUCUACAUGAAAAAAAAUCUUUUAUAUUUUUCAAGACGAACUUCAACAUAGCUUAAUGUAUAACAUUGAGCUUGUAAAAGAAAAUGAAAGAGAGAGUACUUUCCAAUUGAAUUUUUGUGGUCAUGAUAAAAGAUUGAGACAUAUUAUAUAUUGCGAAAUAACUAAAAUGGUCCGUUGUUCAUGUCUCAUGUUUGAAUUCAAGGGCAUUCUGUGCCGACAUAUCUUGGCAUAUCUUAAAAUUACCAAUCAUAGUGAGUUACCGGAGCAAUAUAUUCUAAGAAGAUGGUACCGAAAUGUCAGAAAAAGGGUUGUUCUUAGAGAUGGUAAUAUUAUUGGAGAUAAUGCCACAAUUAAUUUUGCUUCUCGUUUUAGUGAACUAAAUUGCUUAGCUAAUGAAAUGGUCGAAGAGGGGCUAUCUUCUAAUGAUGCAUAUGAAUUAAUGCGUGAAAUGAUGAUGGAUGCUAUUAAUAAGGUGCAACGUUUGAAACUCAUCAAUGAUGAAGAAAUUGGACAAGAUGUGGAAAGACAUUAUAUGAAUGUGGAGUGUUCUCAAGAUAUAGUUCAUGAACCAAGUCAAGCAAGAACAAAAGAAAGGCCUAAAGGGAAGAGGUUAAAGCCAUCGAGAGAGAUCUGCAAAUGCCGGCCUAGGAAAUGCAAAUUGUGUGGAAAGCGAGGAUAAAAUCAUGAUAGCAGAAAUUACCCUCUAAAGUUGUCAAGGUAGUGUAUCAUUUGUUUUAGUAAUACUAAUGCUAUUAUUUUUUCAAAACUUUUUUUUAAAAUGGUGCAAUGAUCUUUAAUAUGUUUUGCUCUCAUCAAUUUUUUUUAGUGAUUCAAUGGAACAAGAUAAUGUUGAUGAAGCCACUGAUGAUUUAGAAGAUUCCCCUGAGGAAGGUAAUGGUUAAUUGAUAUAGAAUAACUUUUGAUCAUAUUACUCUUUCUCAGUUGUGUAUUUUAAGUUGGUUCAUGUAUGACUGUAGUACUUCACAUGAAUGUUUUUAGUUUAGAGUGUUACAUGCAAUAGCAUAUCAAAUUGAAGGCCUAACAUAUUCUAUAUAUGGAUUUGAUUUCUCAUAUA